AUGGACAGCAACAAUAAGAACAAUAACAAGAACGACAACGAUGACGACAGUAAAGACAGCAACAACAACAAAAUCAACAACAAGAUCACCGACAACAGUAAGAGCAACUGCAACAACUACAUGAAUAACAGCAACAACAACAAGAAACAACAACAACAACAACAAUAUCAACAACAACAAGAAUAUGAAGAACAACAAACACAACACAACAACAACAAUAAUAUCAACAACAGUCAAAACAGCAGCCACAACAACAGAAGCAGCAAAAACAACAGUAACAACAACAACAGCAAGAACAACAGUAACAACAACAACAACAAGAUAAACAACAAAAACAACAAGGAACGCAACAACAACAAAAUACUAGAACAACAAGAAGAAUUGAGAACAACAACAACAGCCAUGUUAUCAAUGACAAUAACCACAACAAUGACAACAACAACAAUAAUGUCGACAACAAUGAUAAUAAUAGCAAUAAACUACGACCCUUUGUCAGAGAAUCAAACUUUCUUAAAAUGGGUCAAAACUCCUAGAAAAAUUGUCAAAAGUACCGAAAAGUGGUUAACAGAGGGUCUGGACAUGGAGAGCCACAGCGAGCUAAAGUGA